GCUCAACAGACAUGUAAAGAAUGUGCCGUGAAGUUUGGGGAGUAUUACUGUGACAUUUGCCAUCUGUUUGAUAAAGACAAAAAGCAGUACCACUGUCAGCCCUGUGGGAUAUGCAGAAUUGGCCCAAAAGAGAAAUACUUCCAUUGUACGAAGUGCAAUUUAUGUUUAGCCACUGAUCUUAAAGAUAAUCACAAGUGUGUUGAGAAUGUCUCUAGGCAGAACUGCCCUGUAUGUAUGGAGGACAUCCACACGUCCAGAAUAGAGGCUCAUGUGCUCCCCUGUGGUCAUCUGCUACACAAGUGAGUG